AUGGUCCAGAACCCCCCAUUUACACCGUGGGGCCACUUGUCUUCCACGAGCAACACCAGCGCCAACACUGCGUUUCAAGUCCCUCAACAACAGCAGCAGCCACAACAACAACAACAACCACAACAGCAGCAACAAUCAGCACAGCAGUCUACAGGCCUACGUAGCCCAAGUGCCCAAACAUCGGUCUCUGUUGGGGGUGUCGGUACUCCACUCAGUUUGACUUCUACUCAAAUGCAGUUGAAUAUGAAUCAAACAUCUCCUCAGCGACAACUACUGCAACAACAACAGGCACAACAACAAGCCCAGCAGCAGCAAUUACAUCAACUUCAUUUACAACAUCAACAACAGCUCCAACUACAACAGCAGCAGUUGCAACUGCAGCAACAACAAUUGUUCCGCCAACAACAGCAACAGCAAACACCCCAGCUUUCAAUUCAGGGCGGUAUUCAACAAGUUCAGCAGUCUGCAGUUGUGCCUAGUGUAAGCUUUGUCAUGCAAAAUCUCGCACCACAGUUAGCUGAGCUUUCCUCUCAGCAUUCUCAGCUAACACAACCUCAGUCGGAAACUUUGCAGGCUGUUGCCAAUAAAACUAACUUUCAGAACAAACCCCCGGGGGCUGAAAAAAGCAAGCGGAAAUCCAAGUCAAAAUCUGCUGCAAACACUGCUAGCACCGCUGGUUCUACUGUUCCGGGAUCGAUCGCCAGUACUAUUCAGUCAUCUACGCACUCCACAGAAUGUGUCCCUACUUCUGUUCUUGAUGUACCUUCCAUCAACGGUACCAUUUCUGCCUUCUCAGUGCUGAAUUCGGUCACAUGUGAUCCACCUCCGCCACCGCAUGCAGAUAUCACUGUCGUCAAACCUUAUCAGUGCGAUCAGUGCUUAAAGCGAUAUUCGGGGAUGAAGUCCCUAAAGAAUCACAAACUUACUCAUUCUGAUAUCCGGCCACACAAAUGUUCAAUAUGCGGUAAGGCGUUUUUACGUGCGGAUAAAAUGCGCUUGCAUGAAAUUUCGCACUUGAAUGUAAAACCGUUUGAGUGCGCCACAUGCAAGCAGCGUUUCACGCGAUCAGACAAAUUGAAAAUCCAUCACCGCACACACACCGGUGUUCGACCCUACGCAUGUACAUUCUGCCCAAAACGCUUCACGCGUUCGGACAAACUAAAAAUACACGAGCGAAUUCACACAAAGAUAAAGCCUUAUGAGUGUAGCCAUUGUGGAAAGUGCUUCGCCCGAUCCGACAAAAGACGUUUGCACGAGAGAACUCAUUUAUACGGCCCGCGACCUAGGACUGGCGGAGGAAGAAAAUCAAAAGGUGCAACUGCAGCAGCAGCUGCCGCGGCCGCAGCCGCCGUUCUUGCUGCCUCCGCUGCCGCUGCAGUUACUGCUAAUUCCACAAAUGUCUCGAUGAGCAAUCCUUUCGGUUUGGCCAUUUCAAGCGCUUCGGCUCUAUCUACCACAUCGACCAGUUCGACAGUGUUGUCAAUGAGUAACGGCGGCUUUGGUUCAAAUUCGAGUUCCGUCGUCUCUUCGGCUGCUAAUCCCUCUAACUUGGUGAAUUCACUCGCGUUUCCUUCUCAAACUGUCAACAACACCACCGCCACUACCACAACUACAACAACUACGCAAAAUGAUGCUAAAACAACCGAAGCCGCUAAUAACGAAUCGACCACAAGCAACAACGCAUCUGCUUUUGGACUCCAAAUCCCUACGUGUCAAAGCAUUCGGCUGCCUAACCAACACCACUCUACUUUGGCUUCACUAGCAGGUAUAGCCCAGUACCAUCCAGGAUUGUUUUCUGCCGCCACUCGCCCUGCAACUCAAGCAUCGACAUUUGCUGUUCCCGUGCCACUGUAUCAACAGCAGCAGCAACAACAACAACAGCCUCAACAGGUCUUGAACACUGCAGCAUACCAACAGGCAUCUAUGAUGCCCUUCUUUGUUGGUGCAAGCAGUAACGCCAAUUCAAAUGCGCUGACUUCGUUCAUCACACCACAAGCGGUUGCUUCGGCAAACACUUGUUCAGUGCCCAGUACUCCUAUGUAUGAUGGGAGUAAUGGAAGUCAAGUUGCACAAGAGGGAAGUGUGGCUUAUCCGGCUUCAUCGUCUACCUCACCCUCGCGCAGUUCUGCAGCGUCUGCUUCAACUUCAGCUUCAAACAUGGGAUCAACAUCUGUGACCACUGGAAACAUCGCCGCUGUUAUGGCAGCGGCAGCUUUUGGACGCCAAUUCCAAAAUCAACAGCAACAUUAUCAGAACAUUGCUUCUUACCCCUCUACUACCCAUGCAACCACCGCCUCAGCUUUUGUUCAGCCACGGGCUGCACAACAGCAGCAAACAACUCACCAAGCUAAUCAACAAUUUGGGCAACAACAGCUUCAGGUCACGAAACCAGAUGCAACCCAGCAGCAACUACAAGCCGCUACAAAACAGGAGCAAUCGCCGCACCACGUGCGCUCCGGGUUUCAAUUCUACCAAUCACAGCUACCACAGCAGCAGCAGCAACAACAACAGCAACAGAGUCAACACCAACAGAUGCUGCAACAUCAACAACAAGUAAUGCAAUUGCAUCAUCAGCUACAGCAACAGCAGCAGCAACAACAACUGAUGCAGCAGCACACAGCAAUGCUGCAACAUCAUCAGGGUUUAAUGACUCCCGCUCAUUCAGCUGCUGCGGCCGCGAUCGGACUUUUCCCGUCUGCUGCCGCCCAGUUCAUGCCAGGCGUAGUUCCGUCUCAGUACACGCACCCAUCGCAACAGUAUAUGCAAGUUCAUCAACAACAGCAACAACAACAGCAACAGCAACAGUAUCUGGCUGCGGCAGCAGCAGCAGCCGCCACUUCGUCUACGAUGCACCCACUCACACUGUCAUCUGCUGCGAAUUCCCUUAAUCCACCUUCUUCCUCAACCGCGGCGUCCUCCAUCCAAGUACCUCCCAAGGUUGGAUCCUAA